ACAGGUAUGACCUCCCCUGCGGGUCAGGGGCGGGUCAACCAGCUGGGCGGGGUGUACAUCAACGGCCGCCCUCUGCCCAACCACAUAAGGCUGAAGAUCGUCGAGAUGGCCGCUGCGGGGAUACGCCCUUGUGUCAUCUCGAGGCAGCUCCGCGUCUCCCACGGCUGCGUCUCCAAGAUCCUCAACAGAUAUCAGGAGACAGGUUCUAUUCGCCCCGGCGUGAUCGGGGGAUCGAAACCCCGGGUGGCCACGCCGGAGAUCGAGAGGAAGAUCGCCGACUACAAGAAGGAGAACCCGGGCGUCUUCUCCUGGGAGAUCAGAGACAGAUUAAUCAAGGACGGGCUGUGUGACAGGAACACGGCCCCUUCUGUCUCGGCCAUCUCCCGCCUCCUCAGAGGCAAGGACGAGGACGAGGACCCUAAGAAGGUUAAGGAUGCUGCAGUGAAACAGACCAGCUCAGGCUCCGACGUGGAGGACGGCUCUGAAGACGACGACGACCCCCAGAUGAUGCUGAAGAGGAAGCAGCGGCGCUCUAGGACCACCUUCACCGCCCACCAACUCGACGAGCUCGAGAAGGCCUUCGAGAGGACCCAGUAUCCCGACAUAUACACGAGAGAAGAAUUGGCGCAGAGAACUAAGCUUACUGAGGCCAGGAUACAGGUUUGGUUCAGCAACCGAAGGGCGCGACUCAGGAAGCAGAUGGCCUCAGGCAGUAUGAGCAAUUUCAACGCCAUGGGCCUUCCGAUGUCCUACCCUUCGGCGCCUUCGUCGUAUAUGUUCCAGGGAUUCUCCGAUCCGAGCGGCACCUUCUCCGCUCAGACGCAAGACACAGCUAGUCUCUACCAAGGAGGCUCAGGGGCCUUGCAUCAGGGCUCCCUCGUGGCCUCCGAAGCAAGGGCGGCCAACAUGUCCGCCGUAGCGGCCGCAGCUGCUGCUUCGUCCUACCCUUCGAUGUCAGCGGCGCUCUCCUCCUGCACCAAUUCGGCCUUCAUAUCUUCGCAGACCUCCGGCGGAAUGUGCAGCAACCAGACCAACGGCGCCGCCUCCGCCGUGGCCUCUCCCCUGACCUCAGCCGCCCCAGGCUCUUGGGCAUCCAACCAGCUGCGAGGGGCCAUGGGCGGGGCGGGGAGCUCCCCACCCACGGGGGCAGCCACCCUCACGCCCUCGUCUUUCACGCACGGGUUGGCUCACCACCCACGCACGCCCGCGCAGCACUUCCCGGCCCCCGUCUACUCGUGGUACUGAGGGAGGCUGGAUUUGGAAACAUACGCAGGAUCACAACUAGAAGAGUGGAAGAGAUAGGCCUGGGAAAAUGAGCCAGCGAUUAUUCUGAAAACAAAUCUAACUGGCUAUUACCACAAUUAAACUUUUUUUUUAAUCUCAUUAUAGUCUUUAAGUUAAUAUACACAGGCCUAACUCAUGUUUACAUAAAAGGCCUAACUUAACUUCGCAUAGGUAAAUCUUAACUGAAACUGAUGUAUAAAAACCUAAAUCAAGUUAAUUUAUAUAGAUAGGCCCAACUUGCGUUUAGCAAUAGGUAAGCCAUACUGAAAUUCGCAUGUGUAUAGGCCUAACUCAAGCUGGUAUAUGUAUGCAUAACUCAAGUUGAUAUAUUAUAUAUUGUAGGUGUAACUUGAAGUGACACAUGUAGUGAUAACUCAAACUCGUCCAAAGAUAAUUAUGAAGAUAACAGAACUAGGCCUACCAGGCCUACUAAGCGCGGUUAUCGGAAUAGUAUAUACUAGGAUAAUCAUAAGAAAACUGUCAUUUACUCUCACGUGAUAACUGGGCAAUAAAUAAUCCUUUUUUUUUAAUGAAAGCCUCGUUAGAAGCCACAAAGCUUAUGAAAGCUAUACUGAAUUCAUGCGCGUCCUUAGGUCAAAGACAGGGACCUUAGCCUGACCCACGGUCAGGUCGGAAUCUACAUUAAUUUUGGGUCAAUCUGGGUCAAUCAAGGUUAGUUCAGCUCAGGAGGAGAUAACAACUUUGGUCACAGGUGAGUUGUGUUCGUAGGAAAGGUCACGAGAUUUUCGUCAAGUUUAAUGACAAAAGUUUAAAAGACCUAACGGGUAGUUUAUGGAGCAAGAGCCUGUGCUUCCUAAAGGCAAGCUUGAUUUUAACACCAGGUGGUACUGAUGAAGUCAUGUGUAAGUUGCCCACUAAAAAGCAGCUAGCUAUACAAUUCCUCGUCCUUUUUAUCUAUACUUAUUAUAGUUUCCUCAAUAUUUUUUCCACUGCAUGUCUGUAGUCUUUCCACCGUGUGAAGAAAAGACAAAAACAUUUUCAUUAGUGAGUACUUUGUAUAAUCAUCUCUGCUUCUUCGUACCAUCUGUCAUUUUGGUCUUUGAUCUAAUUUCUGUUCUGACGAUGAUGCAAGAAUAUGCCACAAAAAUUGCACAUGUGACCUAACAAUGCAUAACCCCAUAAAGAGGUUCCCAUUGCAUCGAGAAUAUAUAUUAAUUCACACCUCACCCUCUCUCUCUCUCUCUCUCUCUCUCUCUCUCUCUCUCUCUCUCUCUCAUUAUUACAACUUAUGACCACAAAACCAUCACCGUACCAAACAAGACGACACGACGCGAGACAGAACGAAUAAAAAUGAAAUGAAUCACGAAAUCCUUUGAAACAGGAUUCUAUUCGUUCAACGGAAGGAUUUCUUUAAUACAGAGGCCGACGGGACGCGCGACCAAACGCCCUCAUUAAGCCUAGGUCUUGGGAAAACAAAGACGAUAGGAUAGGAUUCCUUUGGUAGGAAAUAAACCUUGAUCUGAUUGGGCCAGAGGUUAAUAUCCUUUGAGAGCAUUAUCCUGCACCCAGUCAUGAUUCCCAGAAGGAGAAGCUCAAGCUAGAAGGAUAUCAAGGGGCUGGGUCAAGUGGCCGUGACUCGCUCUCGUUGGAUCCUAUGCGUUUCAGGGUAGGAUACCAGGUUGUAUCCCACUCCUAGGUAGGAUAUUUAUACAUAAGGAUGAAGGAAUUAGUUUCUGAAGGAGGGAAAGGUUAUCAGGUCUGUUCUGUAGGAAUUUUAUGCGGGAAUGGGGAUAGGAUCUCCCGUUUGGGUCCUUCUCAAAGGUAGGAUACGCAUCCGGGAAUGGAUGUAUCAAAUUAGGAUGUGGGAAAGAGAAUUUGGGACUGUCCCUUAGGAAACGUGAUUUGCAUUCAAACAAAAUACUUGAAACUAUAUACAGUAAAUGAUUAGUAUCUAAGCGCAGGGAAUUUACUUUGUUAGUAUAACAGUAAUUUGUAUGGUGAGUGAUUAUUCGUAUGGUGAUAAACGAUUUAAAAGCACAAACACUUUAAAUUAUGUGUGGGUGGGCUUUACAAAAAAAAAAUGAGACGGCUCAACUUAGAUGAUUAAGCAAAAAAUAUGUGAGCCUAAGUAGAAAAAAAAAAAUAAUUGAAGAUUUAAAAUUCCUCCCGCGUAAUUCACAAAAGAGGAUUUGGCAAAGAAUCAAAACAGAAUCCUAAAGCAGAAUGAAGAAGAAAUGAAAUCGAAUGAGGAACGAUAAAGAAGAGCCAUCAUACAGUUGCUGUUUGAAAUGGCACCAGCUCGUCCUGUGUCAGAAAAUAAAUAA